AUGGUAGAGUGUAUGAAGAAGGCAGGAUUUGUCGAUAUCAUGCACAAGAGAUGGAGUAUUCCGGUUGGAGGGUGGGCCAAAGACCGCAUGCUCAAGGAAGUUGGUUUCUACGCGGCGUGGUAUGUUGACCAGGGGCUAGAAGGGUGGGCGCUUCGGCCGAUCAGCGAAAUUCUGGGAUGGAGUUACCCAAGAUUGCUGGUCUUCAUUGAGAACAUGCGGAAAGCCUUGGAGCAGCGAGGUUCGCUGCCCUACUUCAACUAUCACAUGGUAUAUGGCCGAAAGCCGGAAGUUGCAGUUUAA